AUGGGUAUACCUAUGCAAAUAUACCAGGAUGGGAAGGGGGUGCAAUUUUACCACACGAGAUAUCAGAACGUAUUUGACGAACGGGCGAGCAAGUAUGGCAACUACACGGUGAAUAAUGAUUACCCACAGCUUCCAGAUACGAUAAAGGAACAUAUCGACCAGCUUACCUUUAGCAAUGUCGGAGAGGAUGGUGGAGAUGUUGGAAACUAUUCUGAAGAAGACGAUGAUGGUGACGAAGAAAAGGAACUUGAAGAUGUUUUUCGAAGUAACCGUGGGUUGGAAUUUGUACGGAUUAAUAACUAUUUUACUACCCACGAUUUACAAAGUUUCAAAAGUUUUAGAAAUUUCAAUAGCAAGUACUGGAUUUUUUAUUCUAAUCAAGCAGAGGACAAAAAAUUACUGCUGUAUGACUUUAACGGCCAACAUUUGAUUUUUAUUAAGCAGCAAUUUUACGGGCAGUUGAAUUUACUGCUAUCGGACGCAAUAAUAUGUAUGGACUGCAAUUUUGGUUAUAAUUCAAACACCAUUCAAAUUUUAGUUGGAUUUCAGAAUGGAAAGUUGUUAAAGCUAAACUGCGACUUGAACGGAAACGUAAACAAUCACUUGCUUUUGAAGGAUCCUUCAACUUCCUCUCAUCAAAGCCACCUAUCUAUAUUAAAUGUCUGGGCAGGUUUGUUGCCACAUUUCGUUGUUUCUUUUAGUUUGAAAGAUGGGCUGCUAAUAACUUCUUUAGAUCACCAACAAAGCAAUGGAAGUUUUCAAAGUUUCCAUACCAACAUUGAUUUGCCUGUAGAUCUACGCACGACCACAAAUGUCAAGUCCGUUUUAAAUUUCCCUCAGUUUACUUUAUACAAAGGAAAUGAUAUGAUUUUCCACUGCAAGAAUCUAUUAGGAUCGGAUGCUUCCACGCUAAACAAGGAAAUAAACUUUAUGCUUAAAAUAGACGAAGACGUUCAAAAGAUCGACUAUCUUCUUAAAACGAAUCACAUUUUACUCGAAACCAACAUGAGAUAUCUGUCCAUUCCAACAAGAGACCCCAUAGAGAAUUCAAAUUCUUCUCCACCCGUCUCAGACAGCGAGGUUUAUCCAAUAUUUUACAAGACACAAGAACUUCAUGUCCAUGCUUCAGGAACAGGACGUCAGAUAGCAAACAAUGGGAAGUAUAUUUUUAUAACCGAGCAACAUCUCUACGGAACAGCGUUAUCGGUAUACAAGUACUCUAUAUCUUUCAAACGGUGGCUGUUCGUGGGCUACUCAGACAUUAGGGCCAAAUACGGUAUAAGGAGUGUCAAAGAUCUCUUUGUUGGUAACUGUCCCUCUGUAAAUAGCCCAGUGCUGACAAUUCUUACUGAUGACAAUAACAUUCAAACAAUUCUUCUUAAAUAA